CAGGCUCCACCCCAUGGAGCUGGGCCCGGAACCCUCCGCCGUGGGGCCUUGUCUCCACCCGGACCUAGCUCCGACUGGACCUAGCGCAGCAGUUACCACAGCAACCGAUCAACGGUCGAUUACAGGAUCUAUUUACUGUAGGAUUUCCUGGGUCUCUCCAUCUACUGUGACGGGCACCUGUGUUGUCAUCACACCAGGGAAGACAGAAAGAUGCCAGUAUAUAUCCGGAAACAUCCCCUGGAGAUCCCUCCACCUUCUGAAAAGGACUGGAUUAAGAAGGAUGAGGAAGAAAAUUUCUUCCUGCAGGAUCCCGAUCAAAUCUUUGAUUCAUUGCCUCAGCCUUUCCGGAUGAUCAAUAAAUUGGUGACCCUAGUAUUCGAGCAGGCCUGGGAAAUCAUUGAGAAAAAGGAGGCACUUCGAGAGGCACAGACACUGAAGGUCCAGCCCAAGUUGUACCUGCCCACAGCUGAAUUCCAGGUGAUGGGAAGAGCCAACUGCCUCGCAGCCUCUGGACAGCAUGUCUUUGUUGGACUCUCCACAGGGCUUGCAGUUUUCAGCAUGCCCAACUGUAAGCGGGUCUGUGCUUGGGAGUCAGCCAGGCUAGAGAUUUGUGCCAUCCGUACCUCCAACCUUGGCAAUGAGACCCACCUUUUCGUUACCGUGGAUGAGAUGGGACUUGCCCGUCUCUUUUAUUUUUACAAAGACAGUCUGCUGCUCAUUAAAGUCCUAAAUGAAGUGGAAGAGAUCAGCAAGAGAAACACCUGUGUGGAGGCGGAGCUCUCCCAGAGGGGCGAUUAUGCAGGCAUCCUGCUGCAAGGCAACACAGAGGCUUGGCUGGAGAUCUACCGAUUGCCUAAGGAUUCCUGGCUGAAGGAGACAGACCAUGCCCAGGCAGCUGCAGUAGUGUCAUCUUUCAGAGAGAGGAGGUUCAGCCAGGCGUCGACGAAAAGUCUGGAACUGCCAGGAGAGGGCUCUGCAGAAACGGAAUCACCUAUGUCUGCAAACAGAGUUGAAACUAAGCUGAGUCCCCCAGUGCUGCUGCUGAAGGUUAGGUCGCCCAAACCUCUGACAGGAAGCACUUUUAAAAGCCCUUUGGAGGCUUUGAUGAAGAUUGAUGAUGGCAGUGUGAUCGGCUUGGGACAGAAUCACGUGAUCAAAGACUACCAAUGGGAACAGCAGGACGCAAUCUUUCGCAGCACCUUCCAAAAGCAUCUGGAGAGAGAAAGUGAGCCUGACAGCAAGGAGGAGAAACCCAGCCAUGCUGUGUUUCAUUUUCUCCUGCCCGGCCGGAUACUGCAGAUCGGACCUGAAAUCAAAGCACAGCCAGACGUGCCCACUGGAAUCACUGUGCAUUGGAAUGGAAGCCACAAUCUCUGCCUGUAUUUACUCACCCGGCCAUCAAAGGAGAAAAUGGAUGCUGAGCUAAAACCUGACACUGUCUGGCCAUGUGCUGCUCCAAUCACCUGCUCAGCUGUCACCUCCUGCUCCUCUUACAUGGCUCUGGCAUGUGAAGAUGGGACGAUAACGGUGUGGGACAGAAGUCUAGGGUUUCCACUAGCUGUGACUGCCCUUCCAGAGGGAUGUCUCAGCCGCACCAUCCACUUCCUGCAGACAUCUACAGCCCCAACGGACCAGCUGCCUAGGCCCAAAGUGCAGCUUCUGGUGCUGUGUACGGAUGGGUCUCUCCACCUGGUUAUAAUAUCAGGGCCCAGAGAGUCCAGGACCGUGCUCCUGGCAGACAGGUCCGAGGACCCAGAUCAGACCAUCAGUGCAGUAGCACCGAUUCCAGCCUUACCUGGUGCAGUGCUGGUGUUCUCCUGGGAUGGCACAGUGUGCCUCACAGACACUGCCACGCCACGGCCUGUUUGCCACUUCAUCACCCCACCCUCUCACACAGUAGCAUCGCCCUGGCAACCGGUGUUUACCGUGGAUACCACGAACCACGGCCUGCUCCUCCGAGGGGAUGAGCAGCAGCAGCAGGCUGGUCCCCGGACACAGACCAAAGACAAGCAAAGCUCCAUCUUCCUUUUUAAUUUUGAUUCCUACCUGUCCAUGGAAGUUUUCCCAGCAGUACCGGAGCCUCCUCCUGAGUCCUUGCAGCACCUGCCAUGGGUCGAGAGAUGUGACAUUUUCUUCCGUGACAGACUGCAGCGCCUGUCAGGACUCAGCCAGCAGGUACCCAAGUGCUGGAGCCAGCUGCGGAAGCAUGCAGCCGCCCUGCAGAGGGAGAGCCGGAAGAAGUGAUGGGGGCAGGAGGAGCUAUAGUUAAGAUCAACUUCACAGCCCUGGGUUGGCAGUAGGCCCACAAACCUGGCCUAGCAUUGGCAUUUUAACAGCAAACUAUUUAUUUUAACUGACUAAUCUCCACCUCAAGGCAGCUCAGCGCACUGACUGACUUUCCCACCUCUUACCCAAGUCCACUGAUCAGCCCAUGCCAGCAAGGAGCAGAGCCUCCUCCCCUCAUUCAUCAAGGGUACUUGCACCAUGUUGGGGGCAUUCUGAUAGCAGUGUCUGCUCAUCACAGGGAGGGACCCAGCAGCCCAGACAGUUGAGCUAGAGAAGGUGCAGUGCAGCUUUGAGUCCCACAUGGACGUGGAAAGUCCAAGCCUAAACAGCAGCUUCAUGCAUGCAGUUAGAUCCGCAUCCCUCCCUUUCAGUAAAGGCCUUCACACUGUCCGUCUGCUGUCUGUCUGUGGUGCUUCAGAGGCUUGGCCCUGAAGUGGGAUUGCUCUUCUAUCCCAUCAGCUUUGGGGCUCCCCACAUGCUCAUCCCCUUGCAUUUUAACCAGCCUGGUGCCUGGGGAUGGGAGAGAAUAGGACAGUGAAUGUAGAUGGACAAAGGCACCAUUGUCCCACAUGGUAUUGGUGGCCUUUAGCAACAACAGGGAAUCCAGAUGUUCCCCUGAAUCAUAAGCUUUAUUGACCAAGGAUGGGCCAACACAGUGUUAGAGGCCUGUGCUGGCACUGGCCAUGCCUCUAGAUGCUUCUUCCAGCCAGUAUCACUUCUCUACCCAAACCCCAUGUGAGGAAAGUGUUGCUCUCCAUCUGGAUCUUCAGUCAGCCCAAUGAGAUCUACCCAUUUAUCUAGGUCCUUGGCACUGUGGUAUCUGGACCCCUGCCAUGGGGAAGGGAUGAGGAAGAACAGAAGAGAGCGGGAAGGCCUGAGAGAGAUGGGAGGGAGAAGCAGAACAGUGCUGCGGGUUGGUUUGAUUUCUAGUCUCGCCUACUUGCAGCCAAACUAAUCCUGCCAUCUAAGCUGGGAGCUAUACAGAGCAAAGUCAUUAUUCCCGGACAGGGAAAGGGGUGCCUGCAGCUCACAGAGCUGCCUCUGUGACACUCCUGGGUCUGAGAGGGUGUAGGAGUAAGACACUAGACUUGAGUCCCAUGUGAUAAUGGAGAAAUACUGACCACCUCUGGUCAGGAAAUUCAGACUCCGUUCCCAGCAGUCCAUGGAGGUGCUAGUUAUUGGUAGGACAUAUGGGGUUGGGCACUGCCCUCAAAAGCUACCUCCGCUGUUACUUUCUCAGGAUUGUAACUUCUACACUAAGCCUUGCUGGAUACCCAGAGCCAGGCAAACCUGUGGUGCUCAGGAUUUGUUCCUGUUUGAUCACCAAUUCUGCCUGGGCCCAGCAGCUGUUCCUUGAGGAAUCAAUAAGAAGACUGAGUCAUUCUGGACUGGAGAGGCUGCUAAAGGAUUCCUGGGGGCUGCAUGGGUCGGGGAGAGCUAGAACUCACCCACCCUGCGGGUUGCUUAGAAGCAGAUGUUAAGAGCAGCAGCAUCAGGCUCAGUGUCUGUUAGAUGACUCCACUGAGCAGCAGAGGGAGCUCAGAGAAUGUGUUUUUGGUUUGAGCUGAUCUAUGGCCCAGGUCUGCAUUCCUUGUGUACCUGCAACUCCAAAUGACUUCAGCAGGCUUUGAAUCAAUCAGUCCUUAGUUCUGGGGGUACGUUUGCCAAAAGGCUGAGGCCCAGCCUACGUAAGCUGGAGGCACAAUGCCAUCACUGGGGCACAAGGAACAAGCACAAACUGCAGCCGCCAAGGAGAGCUUGCCCCUUGGGAAAGUCAGCCCUUAAUAAUUUAGCACUAGACAGUGCCACUGCUGCCUCCUUGUGGUCAGCUGUUGUCACUAGAACAGUGGGCUGCAGACUGCUGAAUGCUUUGACUUUCAGUAAGCAAUCUUCCCCUUUGGAGGCAGGUGGCAGAUCUGGGGAGAAGAGACCAACAUCCUCCAGGGAUAUGCGACAGCAGGCAGGGCAGCAGUCACUGGCUUGCCUCCCACAGGCUUUCCUCAAGUAGUUCGCCCUCUGACUUCAAACUGGGGUGUUUUGCCCAAGUGAGGACCAAGCCAUUUUGCCAUGAACGUUUGUGGCCUUUGUGACCUAUGGGAGUACCAUGCAAUGGCUAGUAGGGCCCAUUUCAUCUAUGGGGAAUUCCCCAGGAAGGUGGCAAUAAAGCAGCACACUAAUGGUUGACUUUUUAGGCCCAGCUUUGUCAUAAAUUACAUCUGUGGCUGGUUCCCGGACUCUGCACAGAGAUUGUGACUCAACAGCAGACAUCCUUCUGCUCCUAGUGCUACUCAGCUUCCAUAUGCUUCUAGUUACAAUGCAUCUUAAGCGUAUGUGUCUCUUUACCAAAGACUUGAGCUCAGACCCUCAAGGGUAUUUAGGCACCCACCUCCAACUGAAACCAAAAGUUUGUGCCUAAAAGCCUUUAAAAUGUGGCCCUUGGGUCUGAUCUUUUAAACACCACCAAAAUGUGAUUCUCAUGACCACGGUAGUCCUGUUGGCUUCCAGGAGUCAGCAGCAAAGGGUGGUGCCUCAGAUCAUUAUACAGAAGCGAGGAGAGAAGCCCAGCCUCGACAGAACUGGCCAAGACAGCAGAAUGCUCUUGCAAAUGCAGGAAUAUAAACCCUAGCCCCGUAUAGAACUCUUCCCUGUGAAUCUCCCCUAUAUUAGCAGCUUGUAACUGUUUGCAUGGUAGGCUGCCUCUACUGGCUAAUUUAAUGCCCCCAGAUAUUAGUUUUCCAAACCUCAAAGGCUCAGCAUAGAAUAAGCGAUGGUCACAUAAACACCACCCUAUACUGGAAACCUACUGACUGCUAUGCCUAUCUACAUGCCUCCAGCUUUCAUCCAGACCACACCACACGAUCCAUUGUUGACAGCCAAGCUCUACGAUACAACCACAUUUGCUCCAACCCCUCAGACAGAGACAAACACUUACAAGAUCUCUAUCAAGCAUUCUUAAAACUACAAUACCCACCUGCUGAAGUGAAGAAACAGAUUGACAGAGCCAGAAGAGUACCCAGAAGUUACCUACUACAGGACAGGACCAACAAAGAAAAUAACAGAACACCACUAGCCAUCACCUUCAGCCCCCAACUAAAACCCCUCCAACGCAUCAUCAAGGAUCUACAACCUAUCCUGAAGGACGACCCAUCACUCUCACAGAUCUUGGGAGACAGGCCAGUCCUUGCUUACAGACAGCCCCCCAACCUGAAGCAAAUGCUCACCAGCAACCACACACCACACAACAGAACCACUAACCCAGGAACCUAUCCUUGCAACAAAGCCCCUUGCCAACUCUGUCCACAUAUCUAUUCAGGGGACACCAUCACAGGGCCUAAUCACAUCAGCCACACUAUCAGAGGCUCGUUCACCUGCACAUCUACCCAUGUGAUAUAUGCCAUCAUGUGCCAGCAAUGCCCCUCUGCCAUGUACAUUGGUCAAACUGGACAGUCUCUACGUAAAAGAAUACAUGGACACAAAUCAGACGUCAAGAAUUAUAAAAACCAGUCGGAGAACGCUUCAAUCUCUUUGGUCACUCGAUUACAGACCUAAAAGUGGCAAUUCUUCAACAAAAAAACUUCAAAAACAGACUUCAACGAGAGACUGCUGAAUUGGAAUUAAUUUGCAAACUGGAUACAGUUAACUUAGGCUUGAAUAAAGACUGGGAGUGGAUGGGUCAUUACACAAAGUAAAACUAUUUCCCCAUGUUUAUUUCUCUCCCCUCUCCCCCCCCCCGGCCUGUUCCUCAGAUGGUCUUGUCAACUGCUGGAAAUAGCCCACCUUGAUUAUCACUACAAAAGGUUCUCUCCCUCCUCCCCCCCCCCCCCCGCUCCCCUGCUGGUAAUAGUUCACCUUACCUGAUCACUCUCCUUACAGUGUGUAUGGUAACACCCAUUGUUUCAUGUUCUCUUUGUACAUAAAUCUCCCCACUGUAUUUUCCACUGAAUGCAUCCGAUGAAGUGAGCUGUAGCUCACGAAAGCUUACGCUCAAAUAAAUUUGUUAGUCUCUAAGGUGCCACAAGUCCUCCUUUUCUUUUUUCAUAGAAUUUUUGUGGCUCCGCAGUAACACCAGCCCACUUUGGGAGAUGCCCAUUUUCAC